CGGAGAAGCGUGCAUUGGACUAGCUGCGUGAGGAGGCGGGAAAAGGCGUGUGUUUCCGAAGGAGACUAGCCAAUGGGAGCUCCGGCUUGACAGCGGACGGCUGGCGCUGGCGCCCGGGAUCCCAGAAGUAAAGCUCCAGGCUUGGUGUGGAAUCCAGUAUGGGGCUUGAACUCACAACCCAGAGAUCAAGACCUGAGCUGAGAUCAAAAGUUGGAUGCUUAACCAACUGAGCUACCCAGAUGCCCCUCUAUAAGAAAUACUCUUAAACAUGCUUCAUCUUGCUGCGUCGUUGUGAUUCUGCCACCAUGUUCGAGGCGCGCCUGGUCCAGGGCUCCAUCCUGAAGAAGGUGCUGGAGGCGCUUAAGGAUCUCAUCAACGAGGCCUGCUGGGACAUAAGCUCGAGUGGCGUAAACCUGCAGAGCAUGGACUCCUCCCACGUCUCCCUGGUGCAGCUCACCCUGCGUUCCGAGGGCUUCGACACGUACCGCUGCGACCGCAACUUGGCCAUGGGUGUGAACCUCACCAGCAUGUCCAAAAUACUAAAAUGUGCUGGCAAUGAAGACAUCAUUACACUAAGGGCCGAAGAUAAUGCGGACACCCUGGCACUAGUAUUUGAAGCUCCAAAUCAAGAAAAGGUUUCCGACUAUGAAAUGAAGUUAAUGGAUUUAGAUGUUGAACAACUUGGAAUUCCAGAACAAGAGUAUAGCUGUGUAGUAAAGAUGCCUUCUGGCGAAUUUGCACGUAUAUGCCGAGAUCUCAGUCAUAUUGGAGAUGCUGUUGUAAUUUCCUGUGCAAAAGAUGGAGUGAAAUUUUCUGCAAGUGGAGAACUAGGAAAUGGAAAUAUUAAGUUGUCACAAACAAGUAAUGUCGAUAAGGAGGAGGAAGCUGUUACCAUAGAGAUGAAUGAGCCAGUUCAGCUAACUUUUGCACUGAGAUACCUGAACUUCUUUACAAAAGCCACUCCGCUCUCUCCUACAGUAACACUCAGUAUGUCUGCAGAUGUACCCCUUGUUGUAGAGUAUAAAAUUGCUGACAUGGGACAUUUAAAGUACUACUUGGCUCCCAAGAUCGAGGAUGAAGAAGGAUCUUAGGUAUUCUUAAAAUCCAAGAAAAGAAAGUUAAGCUCUUUAAGAACUGCUUCUGAGAUGCCAGCAUGUACUUGAGUCUGUCACCAAAUUUGUACCUCUGAAUACAUAUGUAGAUAUCUUCUGUAAAUAACCUAUUUUUUCCUUCAUUCUUUACAAUUUGUUUAAAGAAUAAAGUCCAAAGUCAAAUCUGGUCUUGUUAACCUAGGAAUAUUUCUGCCUUACCCAAAAAUACUUGUGAUUUUCAUAACAAAAGGGGUUUGACUCUUAAAUACAGUUUUAAGAAUUUUUUUCAAUUUAAAUAAAAGUUAUUUGAAUUUCAAACAUCAUCACAAGACAGUGCCUUCAUUUGGACCAUGACUAUUGCAAGUAUCCUAGGGAAUUCAGUUCAAGCUACCAUUUCAUGUAAAUGUGCUUAUUUUUCCAGUCUAGAGCAGCCUGAUAAAAAUACAUUAGAUACAGCAAUAAAAAGUAUUCCAAAUACAGUAGGUGACAAGAUAUUUUUGGGGAUUCAUUUGUCAAAGUUAUUUUGGUAUUCUUCUAACUUGAGUUCAAGAAAUGAACAGGAGGGUAGACCAAGUCCUAUACAUAUUGUUAUUUUGUCAAUUUUGUUAGCAAAAACUAACACUUUUUUCAGAAGCUUUAUGUACCCAAAGCUGUGUGGACUUUAGAAGACUAGCAUUGCUAUAGGGCAGUGUUUCUUUGGCCUAGGGAGCCUUUUAAAAGAAUCUUGCAAGAUUUAGUACAUCUGUGAUAGGGCCCAAGCAAUAUGUGCAAAAAUAAUUUUUCUAAUAUAAGUAGCCUUUUUUGGGGACUUAAUCCUAGCGGUUGUGAAACGGACUGUUUAAAUGUUCCUACUAAUUGUGCCACAAAGCCACAAGCUGGCAUAGUACAUAUUGAGAAUUGCUUCAUUAAAGUUCUUUAUCCCGGUGUGUUUUGUGCUUGGUGGUUUAAAUGACUGGUUUCUUUUUGUAGUAUCUGGACUGAGUUCUAGUUACUGGACGGUAGAACUCCCUGUACCCAGUAGGUUCAUUACCUUCUGUGUGCCUGGGGGUCGGGAAGGAUAUUGGCUGCAAAGGGGCCUGAUGGAAGUUUUGGGAAUGAUGUAACAUUAAUAGAGACUGGUGAUGGUUCCAAGACUGUAUGCACUUGUCAAACUCAUCCAAUUGUACUUUAUUGUGUGUAAAUUAUACUUCAAUAAAUCUGACAUUUACAAAG